AUGCCUCUGUCCUCAGCGCAAGCAGACUUUGCCCCAUAUUUCUACGACAAUGGACCUUACAGCCAAAAUGGGAACCUGGCACUGUUCAGCCUUUCAGAGGACACGGCUGUCGGUACACAGAUCUAUAGUCUCAAUGGCACAGACCCUGAAGGUCAGGAGGUGAGGUAUGGCCUUUCCUUUGAUCCAGGAUCCCAGGAAUACUUCAGGGUCGACCCCAUAUCUGGAAACAUCACAUUGGUGGAAAAGUUGGACAGAGAGAAACAAGAUUCUAUUGACGUUCUUGUCAGCAUCACAGAUGGGCAAAGCAAGGUUGUGGAAAGAGUCACAAUAUUUGUAAUGGAUGCAAAUGAUGAAAAACCUGAAUUCCAAAACAUGCCGGCAAUCAUUGAUGUACUGGAAACUACUGUGUCUGGCAGCAGCAUCUACAAAGCCAAUGCAGUGGAUAAGGACACAGGCUCAGGUGGCUCAGUCACCUACUACCUCCAGAAUCCUCAGGCCACUUUAUUUGCCAUUGACAGACAUAGUGGUGUCCUUCGUAUCAAAUCUGGGGAAAUGUUGGACUAUGAGAAAACAAAGACACUCUUUGUCACUGUCAUUGCAAAGGAUGGUGGUGGUAAUUUGAAUGGCAAAGAGCAGUUUAUGUCAUCUUCUGCUACCCUGACAAUCAAUGUGAUCGAUGCACAGGACACCCCGCCAUCUUUUAUUGGGACACCAUAUUUUGCCUAUGUUUAUGAAGUCUCAGUGCCAGGAUCUGAAAUAUUCACUGUUGUAGCCAAAGAUGGUGAUGUGGGAAACCCAAAUCCAAUCCAUUAUUCAUUUGACGAUGGCGACGAUGGUGUUUUUCACGUCAAUAAAACAAGCGGUUGUAUCACCCUGCUGAGUCUCCCCAUGUAUCUGAAGAGAGAAAUCUUUAACAUUAAAGUCAGGGCAUCAGAAGUAAGUCCAGAAGGCAGACUCAUGGACUAUGGGGUGACCACAGUGGUGAUCCGUGUGGUGGACCUGAACAAUAAUCCACCUACUUUCUAUGGAGAGAACGGCCCACAAAACAUGUUUGAGUUGACCAUGUAUGAGCAUCCACCAGAGGGAGAGAUACUCCGGGGUCUAAAAAUCACUGUCAAUGACUCUGAUCAGGGUGCAAAUGCUAAAUUCAAUCUGAGACUGAUCGGACCAGGGAGGAUGCUAAGAGUCGUCCCUCAGACUGUUCUCAAUGAAGCCCAAGUCACAAUCUUAGUAGAAGACUCUGCUGCCAUGGACUAUGAGAAACACCAUUUUCUUACAUACAAGCUACUCGCAGUUGAGAUUGAUACGCCUGAGAGAUUCAGUUCCACGGCAGACAUUGUCAUUCACCUCCUGGACACCAAUGACAACGCUCCCAAAUUCUCCUCCGAUUACUACAUUGCCAGAAUUCCAGAAAACUCACCCGGUGGCUCCAAUGUGGUGUCAGUCACGGCAACAGACCCAGACUCAGGGCCUUGGGGGGAAGUGAAGUACUCUAUCUACGGAUCAGGGGCUGACUUGUUCCUGAUCCAGUCUGCAUCUGGGAUCAUCUACACCCAGCCGUGGGCGAGCCUGGAUGCGGAGGUGAGGUCCAAAUAUAACUUCUAUGUGAAGGCAGAGGAUGCAGAGGGAAAGUACAGCCUAGCUGAGGUCUUUGUGACUGUGCUGGACCUGAAUGAUCACCCGCCUGCAUUCAAUGACAACUUCCUCGAGACGACUAUGGUGAUUGGAGCACCAGUGAAAAUAGAGGCUGUAGACGAUGAUGCAGAAAUACCCAACAAUGUUAUCGAGUACGCCAUCAUGAAAGCAGAGCCAGACAACAACAUCUUUGACAUUAACGCUGACACGGGGGAGAUCAUGCUCAAGUCCUACAUCAAGUCAAUGGCCAUUAUUCAGAACAUCACCAAGCAGAGAUACUGCACCUGGUCGUUGGUGGUGCAGGCCCGGGACCGAGGCCAGCCGUCCUUCAGCACCACUGCAGUCGUCAAGAUCGACAUUACUGAAGCUACCCAACUCAGUGGGGGGCCUUUGGGAUCAUUUUUGAUGCAGAGUAGAAACAAGCCCUUGCAUAUCCUAGGCAUGCUUGCUGGUUUCAUUAGCCUCAUGGUCAUAGUCACAGUCAUCAUCUCCACUGCAACAUUCAUGCGCAACAAAAAGUCCAACCGGAUCCUGCCUAACCGGCGUGUAAGGAGGAGGCCACGGAAACAGCAGGCCUGGGUCUUCAAAAACCCCUUCAAGAAACCAGAAACCCCCGGAGAGAAAUUUAAAAUAGAAGAAGUCAGAGAAGAGGAAGAGCGGGAGAUAGAAGUCAUUGUGGAGAAUGUUAACUAUAACAACAAUGUCACCAAUGUUGUGAGACACUGGCCCCUGCCACCUUCUGCUCCAUCUCUGCCCCCUCCACCACCACCCUACAUCCCAGGAGAGAGGCAGUGGGCAGUACCCACAGUCUCAGCAACAGUGGCACCCAGACCUAAAAAGAAGGUGAUAACCAGACAGGACACUGUGAACAAAGCACUGGUUUCAGAGCUCAAGAUGCGACUAGAGCAGAAGAAGUUGAUGAAACAUUAA